UCUGCUCGUCUCACGCGCUUACAAGUCACCAUUAACAAAUCUUCUCUCUCUCAAGAAGCUUCCGGCCAUGAAAGCUUCCUUUGUACCUCUCUUUCUCACAGUGCUCCUUUCGCUCUUCCAUGGAAGCUUCUCGCUUCCCACCACCAUCGGCGUCACCUACACUACUCCACCACCAACCGCGACCACCACCAACACUCCUAAACUGCCUCCGGAACGGAUCGCCGCCACCAUCUCUGGCCUCCACCUCCAGGCGGUAAGACUACCAGAGUCGGCUCCCUCUUUGGUCCGCGCUUUUGCCUUUGUCAACACGUCGCUCCUCCUCACCAUCCCCAAUCAGCUGGUCCCCUCUUUGGCCUUCAAUCGUUCCAAUGCCCUAGGUUGGGUCUACCGCCAUGUCUUGCCGUUCUAUCCUCGCUCAAGAAUCUCGAUGGUUUCCGUCGGCAACGACUUCCUGGCCAACGCACCUGAUCUGUCGCCGUACCUCUUACCGGCCAUCCGCAACGUUCAAUUGGCUCUCCGUGACCUAGGCAUCAAAAAGAUCGCCGUCUCCACAAUUUUCUCUUUCAUCAACAUCAUAGCGAUGCCGUUUCCACCAUCUUCCGCUACUUUCCAAGCACCUAUUGGAGAUUACGUUAUCAGGCCGUUUCUGCAGUUCUUGGAAGAGACCAAUUCAUCUUUCUUGGUCAAUGUCUAUCCGUACAACAUGUACAGGCUUAACAGUGACAUUCCGAUUGGUUUUGCUCUGUUUCAAGACCAUCCUUUCAAUUUUAGGGAUGAUUUGGUCACUGGAGUCAGGUACAGGAACCUGUUUGACAUGAUGGUGGAUGCUGUAAUUACUGCCAUGGCGGUGGCUGGCCACGAGAGUAUUCAGGUGAUUGUGGCUGAGACUGGGUGGCCGAGCUUUGGCGGAGAUGCAGUGGAGGCUGAUGCCACCACAGCCUAUGCAGAGAUGUAUCUGAAGGGUCUGUUGAGGCAUCUGAGAUCUGGUGUGGGCACACCACUAAGGAAAGAAGGGGUAGCAGAGGUUUACAUAUAUGAAUUGGUGGAUACGGAGGUGAAGCAGGGGAACAGAAACUGGGGGAUCUUGUAUCCAAACAUGACAAAGAAAUACAAUUUGGACUUCUCUAGUGCAAAUGAGAUUUACGGGCAUGGUGAGAACAUUUUCUCAUCUUUUCUUUAAGAAAUAAUGUGUUUGUUGCUCACUGACUGUGAAUAGCAAUUGGGAAUCCGUUAAUUGUUCCAUAUGAUCAUAUCUGAUCAUGAGAGUAGAUUUUCUCUGAUUUCUACUGUUAGUAGGUUUGUCUGGAAUUGUUCUGUUAAUUAGGAUGGGUGAUUGUGAUGAGAAGCUGAACAUUGCAUCAUACUAAUGGUGAAUUUUGUUGUAGAUACCAUAUGAGAUGUAGAGUGCUCAUAAUAGAUGUAUUUCAAUGAAAUGAAUGCACAGAUUCUCUACCUUGUUCUUUGUUUUGCACUAAUUGUUAGUUAAAGAGUAGACAUCAUGCUAAGCUUGACAAAUCACGCUAGCAACAUCAAUCUUCUUAAUACAAGAGGAGGCUGAAACAAAAAGGAAAUGAAGUCAACAGUUCCACAAAGUCAUAUCACAAUGGGCAAAUCAGAAUCCAUGUACAACAUGAGACAAAUGACAGAAAAUUCAAAUCUUAGGUACAACAACAGUGCUCCAACACACUUGAGUGUUGACACCAUAUACAAA